GUGCGGUUCUAUACCAUAUGGACAGAUUUUUUAAGUGGGACUUGCUUGAGGUUGAUAAACAUGAACAAUAAUAGCACAAAAGAAUAAUAAUAACCUGAUGAUGCUGAAUUGUAAGAGAAGUCACAUGUGCAUGGAAUCUAUUUGCAGCUCUGUUUGUCUAAUGAAAGAGAGCAGUGUAUGGUGAAAUCCACUCUGCUGCAUUUAUCUACAUUCGUGAGUUUGUUCUGCCAAUUUCACAGCAUGUCGGUUAACUACGAUGAGAGUCUGGUGUCUGAUGAGACCACGGACAGUUUCUGGGAGGUUGCAAACUACAAGCGUACAGUAAAGCGCAUUGAUGACGGUCACCGGCUCUGCAAUGACAUGAUGAGUUGCAUUCAAGAGCGUGCCAAAAUAGAGAAGGCAUAUUCACAGCAGCUAACAGACUGGUCUAAGAGAUGGAGACAGCUAGUGGAAAGAGGGCCACAGUAUGGCUCAGUAGAGAGGGCCUGGAUCGCAAUGAUGAAUGAAACAGAUAAAGUGAGCGAGCUUCACCAGGACAUAAAGAACAUUCUAGUAAAUGUGGACAUGGAGAAAGUGAAAAACUGGCAGAAAGACUCAUACCACAAGCAAAUUAUGGGAAGCUUUAAGGAGACUAAAGAGGCAGAGGAAGGCUUCAGAAAGGCUCAAAAACCAUGGGCCAAAAAGCUUAAAGAGGUGGAGACAGCAAAGAAAGCAUACCAUAUGGCCUGCAAGGAAGAGAAGAUUGCCUACAGUCGAGAAGCCAACAGCAAGGGAGAAGCAUCAUCUACCACUGCAGACCAGCAGAAAAAGUUCCAGGAGAAGUUGGACAAAUGCAAAAGUGAAGUUCAGAAGGCCAAAGAGAAGUAUGUGAAGGCUUUGGAUGAGCUGAGCAAUUGUACACCACAGUAUGUGGAAAACAUGGAGCUGGUGUUUGAACAGUGCCAGCAGUUUGAGGAGAAGAGAUUGGCUUUCUUCAGGGAGGUGCUUCUGGAUAUCAAACGUCAUAUUAACCUCACAGAGAACCAAAGCUAUGCCACAGUUUACAAGGAGCUUGAACGAACUAUCACCUCUGCCAGUCCACAAGAAGACCUCAGGUGGUUCAACAAUAACCAUGGCCCAGGCAUGCACAUGAAUUGGCCGCAGUUUGAGGAAUAUAACCCAGAUCUCAGCCAUGCCAUCAGCAAGAAAGAAAAAGUGAAAAAGAACCAUGAUGGUGUCACACUCACCCAUGUCAUGACUGUUGGGGACCAACACUCAUCACCACAGGUUGAAAACCGUAGCAGCGUGAGCAGUUAUGAAAAGACCCAGGCCUACUCGGCAGAGUGGUCGGAUGAAGAGCAGGCCGCUGCAGAGACCAACGGAGGCAACAACCCAUUUGAGGAGGAAAGGAGCCAAGGAGUGCGAGUCAGGGCACUAUAUGAUUAUGAAGGGCAAGAACAAGAUGAGCUCAGCUUCAGAGUAGGUGAUGAACUAACUAAGCUAGAAGAUGAAGAUGAUCAAGGAUGGUGUAAAGGAAGACUGGAUGACGGGCGGCUUGGACUGUACCCAGCCAAUUAUGUUGAACCUAUUUAGUUGCCUUGUGUGAAAAAAAUGGUCUUGUUUUAGAUGGGCCUGAAAGACUGAACAUAAACAGAGACUCCAAUCAAUUUCCAUGAAAACCAGAAUCUUAUACAUUCAUACGAUACCCUAACAACAGAAGUGAAGAAUCGAAUGUACAUAAAGUAUGCUGUAUCUGUUGUGUUCAUCUUCACAUUCCAUUUGGGUUAUCAGAAACAAAAUGUUUCCAUAUGUAAUGUGAUUUCAGCAGACACAAUGAAGGCCUUUAUGUCACUGUGGCUGUAGCCUGUUCUGUAAGAUAUUGAUAUAAUGUGGUCCAUGAGGCCUAGCAUAGCAAUGCAAUAUGCAAUAUGUAUAUUUUAUUAGUUUCAGGUGUUGUAGUGACAGUCUUAUAUUUGGCCCUGUUUUAUUAUUUGCCUGGGUUUUAACAUGCAUACACGUCUUUUUAUGUCUUAUUUAUUGAUUUGCUGAGUUCCCUGUCAUAGGUGUAUAUGAUUGUGUGAUGUUUCUAUCUCUAUGUACUGCACAUGAAGACACAGAUGUUUUGGCAUGUGUUAGUGUUUUCACUUCUCUUCUACCUGGAAUGCAGCCUGCACUGGAAUUCGUCACCAUAUUGCAGCUGGGAGGUGAAGCUCUGGCCCUGGCAUUUAGCAGUUUGGUUCAUGCUUGUAUUCCUUAAAUGCUGUCAUUGAGUCUUUUUGGAUGAAAGAAAAUCUUUCAGCACUUUGCUGUUUUUGUAACAAUCACAUUUAAUUGACAAAACUGUCAUGUUAACAUCCUCACAACUUACAAAGUAAUUACCUCUUUAAUAUAUAUAUAUCAGACACAUAUUUCUAAAUGCAAUUAACAUUACAUUUCUCAAGUAAAACUAAACUACUAUUUGUCCAUUUUAGGAAAAUACCUGAGCUGAGUGCCUAAUAUAAUUAUAAAACAUUUUCUCUAAUUAAUAUUUUACAAUGUUCUUAUGACUGUGAUAUCAUACAAUUUGCAUUGAUAUGCAUAAAGGACAUAUGCAUAUGCCUUAAGGUAAUAUUUAAAGGUAAUACUUUUUUGUAUAGAUACAGUAAUACCUUACUUAAACAAUGGCAGUGCAUCUUGCAAUGAAUAAACCCAGGUUGGCAAUUUAAAUGAUUAUUGCCUCUAGGGUUUGGUUAGUGUUAGAAAAGUUAGAUCUUCUGUGUAAAUAUUUUUUCUACACUUCAGAACCUUCUCUUUUCUGUUUGGCCAAUAUUAAGGGCAUGGGAAUGGAAACACCAGCAUGAUCUGAGUGUGUUUAAGCUCACAUUUAAGCUGAUUUACUUCUAAUGCCAGUGUAGUGACUGUUCAACUGUUCAGUUCUAAAUUAAAGCCUAACCUGUAACGAA